AAGCUCCUCCAGUUUACGUCCCAAUUCUUCUUUUAUACUCUCCUACUGAUGAUCUCAAAAAUCAUAGGAAAAGAUGGUCAGAUCACCUCAAGAAAUCACUCUCAAAACAUUAGCCCACUUCUAUUCAUUUGCCAGACAGAUCAACAAGGAUGAUGCCUUCACAAUUGACUGCAACGAUCGUGGUGCCACCUACGUUGAAGCUCAAAUAGAAGCUGACAUGUCUGAUGUGGUUCUUAACGAACCAGAGAUUGAUAUGCUGAAAAGGCUACUUGUGAUCCACUUGAAAAGUUUGCUGAUCCUAGUAGUCGGUCAUGCAAUUGCGGAUGCGUCUGCUAUAGCGAGCUUUGUUAAACGCUGGGCAGCAACUGCUUCUGGAAUAAAUGAUAUUGACGUUUAUGGUGUGAUUUACGAUUGCACCUCUCUCUUCCCUCCGCAAGAUUCAACAGAUUUACAACAGCUCAUGGAAAAUAGAAUGAAAAUGCGGCAAGCCAAUUGUGUAAUGAAAAGGUUUUUGUUUGAUGGUUCGAAGAUAGCCGCUUUAAGAAACAAAAUCAGCAUGGAGGAGAAAGAAUAUUUUUUCCGUCCCACGCGCGUGGAGGCUGUCUCUGCCCUCAUAUGGGGCGCUGCGAUGGCUAUGGAGAAGACUGGAAAUAUUCCAACGCAUGUGGUAGUAUUUCCAGUGAACCUGAGGAAGAUAAUGAAUCCGGUGUUACCUGAAUUGUGCAUUGGAAACAUCUACCAAGCUACCAUGGCAACUUCGAUGAUGGAGAAGAACGUAAAACACAGCAGUCUAGCUGGAAAAAUUCAUGAGUCAGUAAAAAGGAUGAAAGAGGAGUAUGUGAGGAAGCGUGGUGAAUACUUAAACAUGAUGAUCAGAAAAAGUAAUACCGAUGAACAGAAGAAUGGUUUGGAAGCAAUGGUGCCCUUUGCUUUCAAUGCUAGUGACGGUCAGGGAAUCGAAGCAUGGAUAGGUUUAACAGAGGAAGAUAUGACAAAACUUGAACAAGACCUCGAAAUCCUUGCAUAUGCUUCUUUCAGGCCAAGCGUAAGCUAAUUAAUCAAUUUGCAAUAAUCUGUUUCUUCAUUGUUUAAUGUACGUAUUAGUUUGUUCCUUCAUAUGGGGCAUCUGAUGUGGGUUAAUUAAUUUUUUUUAUUUUU